AUGAAUUCUAUAAGGUCGAUAAGUAAUGUACAUCUAACGCGAUCCUGGGGUUUGAUAUCAAAGAAUUUUGCAUCAUCCUUACAAUCAUUCCAUAGACCAAUUUCAACAACAAGUCCCAUUUUAUCAUCGACAUCAAAAACCAAAAAUUAUGAUAAAUAUUAUAAAAUCUUAAAAUAUACAAAACCAAUAGAUAAAACCAUAUAUGAAGUAGGUCAAUCACAUCCAUCUGGAUUAAGAAUUCCCAAAUCCAUACCCGAGUUUCCUAAAUAUGAAUAUGAAACAAGAUUUUUUAAAAGACAAAAUAGAGGAUUAUAUGGUGGAUUACAACGUAAAAGAUCAAAAACAUGUUCUGAAUAUUUUAAUAAAAAUUUAAGAAGUCAUGUUCCAAAUAUAAGAAGAGCUAAAUUAUGGUCUGAAAUUUUAAAUACCAAGAUUAAUACAAAGGUAUCAACAAGAGUUUUAAGAACUUUGACUAAAGAAGGUGGAUUAGAUGAAUAUUUAUUGAAAUCAACACCUGGUAGAAUUAAAAUUAUGGGUUUACAAGGCUGGAAAUUAAGAUAUAAACUAUUAAAUCAACUCGAGCAAAAUCAAAGAGGAUACAUUGAAGACGAAGUAAGUCAAUCUAAAAGACCAGUUACGUUUAUUCAUAAUGAUGGUCGUAAAUUUCUUGCCACAAAAGAAGAAUUGUUAAACACAUUGUACGAUUAUAUUCAAAAAGAUAGUUAUUACCCAGUUCCACCAAAGAUCUUUGAUAAAGAGUAUGGACACUAUUCUAUCAAAGAUAUUGUAAAUAAAUUGGAUUCAUAUAAUCAUGAUUUCACUGGUUCAAUAUUGUAA